AUGUCCUAUGCCAUUAGACGUUCACCUGACGUUGCCGAGCUCGUAAAGCGUGCACCCGAACCUGUAGCUGAGCAUGAAAAACGUGCACCCGUCUAUCAACAACCUUUUUACUAUGGUAGUUAUUCAAUGUCACCACCACCAUAG